AUGGCGGACGACCCGAAAGCGAGACCCAGCGUUUCUUCCCACCCCGAUGAGAUGACCGCCUGCUUUGUACACUCGCUGAUCGCGGGCGACUGGGGACACCCGCCGCACUACCACAAACCGAAAGACCUGGACGGCGUCAUAAAGAAAUCCAAGCAUGAGGGCGCGCUGGACGACGGCGAAGAUGCCGACCUAAGUGAUGCCUCCAUGGCCGAGAAAGCCCUCGUGCAGUCGCGCCAUUUGACCAAGAAGCAACUCUCUGACAUGGCCUGGAACGUUCGCAAGCUGUCCAAGAAACUGGAUAGCAUCAAGCUCAAGCUCACGGUCAAAACGGUCUUCCUGGUCACCAAGGCGGGUGACCAGUCGGUCAUCGGAUCAACGCGGGAGGUCGCCAGCUGGCUUCUGUCCAAGGAUCGUGCCACCCAGUAUAAUGUCUACGUGGAGAAGCGGCUGGAGUCGGAUCCCGAGUUCGCUGCGGCGCAGAUACUGAAGGAGGAGCCUUCCGCAAAGAGUCGUCUGAAGUACUGGGACCAUGAGCUGGCGGUGGAUAAAGCCCAUUUGUUUGACUUCGUCGUUACGCUUGGGGGUGAUGGGACGGUUCUCUUUACGAGUUGGCUCUUCCAGCAUGUCGUGCCGCCGGUGCUUUCGUUUUCGUUGGGCUCGCUGGGCUUCUUGACCAAGUUCGACUUCAACGACUAUCAGAAAACCCUUACGAACGCCUUCAGGGAUGGCGUGGUGGUCAAUCUGAGAUUACGGUUCGAAUGCACAAUCAUGAGGAGCAAUCCCCUACCGGACAGCUCGCCGGCCAGUGCAAAGAAACGGGAUCUGGUGGAAGAGCUGAUCGGGGAAGAAAGCGAUGAUACGUUAACCCAUAGGCCGGAUAAGGUUCUUCAAAUAUUAAACGAUGUCGUCCUGGAUAGGGGGCCAAAUCCUACAAUGUCGUCGAUUGAACUGUUUGGCGACGAUGAGCAUUUCACCACACUUCUCGCUGAUGGUGUCUGUAUAGCGACGCCUACCGGCUCAACAGCGUAUAACCUAGCGGCUGGGGGGUCGCUAUCCCACCCGGAUAAUCCGGUCAUUCUGGUGACUGCGAUAUGCGCUCACACGCUUUCAUUCCGGCCCAUCAUCCUGCCGGAUACGAUUGUUCUCCGGAUGGGAGUGCCGUAUGAUGCCCGGACAAGCUCAUGGGCCAGCUUUGACGGUCGAGAGAGGAUUGAGCUACAACCCGGCGACUAUGUGACCGUUUCUGCAUCGCGAUACCCCUUCGCGAAUGUCCUGCCCCGAGGCCGACGCGGCGAUGAUUGGGUACACAGCAUCUCGAAGACACUGAAUUGGAAUUCUAGACAGAAGCAGAAGAGCCUCGACCCGGAGCGGGGGGAAAAGGGCGGUAAAUAA